AUGAUUCGAAAGUGGGAACUGAAUGAUGGACGAAUUCUCCAGAUCGAACAAGACCUUGAUCUUGUAAACAAGGAAUUUGGAGCAACUGUGUGGGAUUGUGCGCUAGUGUUAGCUAAAUAUUUGGAAAACGAACGAGUGUUUCCGAAAGGACAUUUCAAAGGAAAAACAGUUUUAGACAUUGGAUCGGGUACUGGUUUCAUUGGUAUUCUUUUGCUCAUCAUGGGAGCCAAUGUUCAUUUCACGGAUCGGCAAGUGCUCAUUCCUCUGAUUGAAAAAAACAUUCAUCUCAAUUGUCAAAUCAUUCAUAAUAGGAAUGAUGAGCCUCAACCACUCCCCUCGCACUACCACUCCACAGUGGAUGAAAAGGUUCCAAUUCUUUCCUCUCAAUAUAAAGCCUUUGAAUAUCUGUGGGGUGAACCCAAUGAAAUCAUUGAACACACACAUUAUGAUUAUGUCAUGAUUUGUGAUUGUAUUUAUGAAUCAAAAGAAAUGUGGAUUCCACUUGCAAAAGCUCUCAAUGAACAAUUACAUUCAAGAAGUGAUCAUAUUAUUAUUGCACAUGAAAAGAGAUCUUUUAAAGAUCUUGCAUUCUUUCCAUAUAUUCAAGAAACAUUUCAAGUGGAGAGAGUUCCUGAUGAAUUGAUGGAUCCAGUGUGGAGAGAUGAAAAUAUUAGAAUCUUUUAUUUAACAUUUAAGAAUGAUAUUCUCACAACAAAGAAUCAUUCAGAAACCUCUGUGAUUACAAAUCAUCAUUCAGAAACCUCUGUGGUUACAACUGAAGAAGAAGAUUUAAAUAUCCAACAUUGA